AUGCCUCCGGCUCCUCCUCCCCCUCCAGCUCCAGCACCUGCUGCAGCCGUACCCGCUCCUCCUCCCGUAACUAAAGAUCGAUCCGAUUUACUGAAUUCCAUUCAGAAAGGAACAAAGUUAAAAAAGGCACAAACAAAUGAUCGAUCUGCUCCUAGCGUUGGCGGCGGUGGUAUUGUCGGGGACGCUUCAAAAGCAGCUGGUCGCUCUAGUAAAUUAGCGGGCGCACCUCCAAUGCCUGCUUCUGGCUCCUCUGGAUCAAAUGAACCCGCUGUCCCUGCUAGUGCUCCUAAGUUAGGUGGUCUCUUCUCACAAGGAAUGCCUAAACUUCGAAAAGUAGGAAAGGCUUCUUCCACUGCGUCUCCACCACAGCCUCCGAUAUCGUCCAAACCUAUGUCUUCUCCUCCCCCUCCUCCCCCUACAUAUUCUGCACCGCCUGUUCCUCUUUCGGCACCUUCUAUUCCAUCCGCUUCUGCUCCUCGUAUUCCUACUUCGUUGCCCCAGAAAACUUCACCCUCGCCAAGUCCUACCAACGUGCCUUCUUCACCUCCUCCUCCAGUUCCAUCUGCACCAUCCAAAGCACCUCCAUUGCCUCCACAGUCAGCUCCACCCCUAGGUUCGCAUAUGCCUAUAAAUUCACGAGUCUCCUCUGGAAAUUCACAAACAUUUCCUCCUCCUCCUCCUCCGCCUCCUCCAAGUCAUCCUCCUUCAUCACCAAUACCUGCUUCUUCUUACACUCUACAACAUCGCUCAGACAAAGUUGACGACCAUGGAAGGUUUCACUUCAAAGACGAUAGCUAUCUUCCUCAACCACGACGAUUCAGGGGAGGUCCAAAAAUUUAUCGGGGAAGUACUGGAUCGACAGUGCCCCUCAGACUUGCUUAG